UAAUUAUGGAAGGUCCAAGCAACAAGACAAUUAUGGCCGGAGAUAAUGUCCUUUUCACGUGUCUAUCCAGCGGUGAUCCUAAGCCAGACAUCACAUGGCAGCGGAACGGGCGCCAAUUACUUCAUAGCGGACAUGCUAACUACGAGAUUCUCAAUAGUGGCGACCUCUUGCUGAAAAGGGUGGGCUUAUUGGAUGAAGGCGACUACACCUGCUCAGCAAAGAACCUUCACGGAGGUCAAAGAUCAAACACAGCUACUUUAACAGUGGAUGGGAUAAACAGCCGCCAUUUCUACUGUAAAGCUAACGACCAAUGCAAUUAGUUCAAAUCCUGUGAGAAAGAUGCUGUG